CUUUUUAUUCCCUUGACUUUCUAUACCUGCAGGCAAUCCCCCUUCUCCUUCUGCAGAGAGAGAGAGAGAGAUGGCAACGUUAGAAUCUACUCCUUCACUCCCACAAGAAUCUAGUAAGAUGGGUGGUGGUGGUAGAUUGACAAAAACAUUGUUUAGAAGCAUUUCUAGUAAAGAGCCUUCCUUCUCGGAGCUACUCUUCUCUCCUGCUCGCUUAAGCACCAGCGACGUGGAUCCACCUAUUCCUUCAAUAUCCCCACUUUCUCCUUUACCUCCUUCCAUUGCUACCAAGCAUGAAAAGUUCCGAUCUACCCACCAGUGCAUCUCUUCCAUGCUGAAGAAGGACGGCCGGAUCCUGUCUAUAGCCGUCAUCAAUGGUCUUAUCUACACCGGCUCCGAGAGCAACUGCAUUCGCAUCUGGAAGCUACCUGAAUUCACAGAAUGCGGUCGACUGCAGACCAAAUCUGGCAUGGUGUGUGCACUUGCGGUGUCCAGCGAUCGGAUUUUCGCCGCCUACGCCGACUGCAAGAUUCGAGUGUGGCGCCGACUCUGGCAUGACAAGCCAUCCCAUGUUCGUAUUGCAACCAUCCCCAAGAUCGGAAGCUACGUUCGAAAUUACAUCACCGGCGGCAAAGACAAGAAAAUGAUGAAGCAUUUGGGUGCCAUAUCAUCGCUUGCGGUGAAUGCAUCCGAUGACCUCUUGUACUCGGCUUCUAUUGACAAGACAGUGAAGGUAUGGAGGAUUUCUGAUCUCAAAUGCAUCGAAACCAUCGAAGCACAUUCCGAACCCAUCAACGCUGUGGCAGUAGGAGAUGACGGUGUCCUCUACACCGCCUCGGAUGAUGCAACCAUCAGAGUGUGGCGACGGAAUUUCUGUAGCAGCGAUCGACCACACUCCCUAACCGUAACCCUCCCAGCCAAGAACUCCCCGGUGAAGGCACUGGCUCUGACCGCAGAUGGUGGGGUGCUGUAUGGUGGGUGCACAGAUGGGUAUAUCCACUACUGGCUCAAAGGCUGGCUGUCGGGCCAACUACAAUAUGGAGGGGCCCUCAGCGGGCAUAGUCACGCUGUGAUGUGUCUGAGCAGCGUGGCCAAUUAUGUGGUGAGUGGCUCGGCCGACUCGACCAGCAGGGUUUGGAUGAGAGAAAGAGAUGGUCAGCACACAUGUCUAACUGUGUUGCAAGGUCAUAGAGGGCCUGUUAAGUGCGUCAGCGCAUUCACUAGUGAUCGUGGAGGAGGAGGUGGAGCUGGGGAUUGUGAGGAUCGUUGCACCGUCUGCACUGGGAGCCUUGAUGGAGUCCUCAAGCUGUGGCAGGUCACUUGUAUUACCUCCACCAAUGUGGCUCGGAAUUCCAAGCAAUCUGGUCACGAUUACUUUGACCUCUAAGCACAAUGUACUUGUGUCCGUCUACGUCUACAUCUAGCCCGGCCUCGGCCUAUAACAAUGUUUUCCGUUUUUACUUGUACCCAAUUUUAUUUAUUACUUUGUUCUAACACCAACAGACAUAUAUACGUUUGUUAAUUUGUUGUAUACACUCUAUAGUUAGCUUAGUUGGUAAAACCAUGUAAGUAUAUUAUAUGUAUUCAUACCAGAA